AUGGCAUGCCAUUUGAUCGAGGAACUCAAGAAGCUCGGUCUUCCCUACAUCGUUGCUCCCUACGAAGCUGAUGCCCAAAUGGUCUAUCUUGAACGCGAGGGUCUCGUCAACGGCAUUAUUUCCGAAGACUCCGAUCUUUUGGUGUUUGGAGCCAAACGCCUUUUGACAAAGCUAGAUACGCACGGCCGCUGCAUCGAAAUCAACCGUCGAGAGUUCUGUGCCUGCAGAGAGGUUUCGCUCACAGAUUUUUCUGACACAGACUUUCGACGCAUGGCCAUUCUCAGUGGCUGUGACUACCUUGAAGGAAUUGGCAACAUCGGCCUCAAAACCGCGUACCGGAUGAUACGAAAACACAAAACAAUCGAAAAGGUUGUCCGCAUGCUGCAGUUUGAUGGCAAAUUCAAAGUUUCUGAAAACUACAUGGCCGCGUUCCGCCAAGCAGAGCUGACAUUUCUUCACCAACGGGUGUUUUGUCCUGUCAAGCAAGAACUUGUUCUUCUCUCAGAGCCGACAAAUGGCCUUGAUGUCGAGGAAAUGUGCUUCAUUGGUCGAAAAAUCGACAAUGAUAUCGCCCGAGGUGUUGCUAUUGGCAGCCUAAACCCUAUGACAAAAGAGCCCAUCAUUUUGCCCUUGUCUCCGGGCAAAAAACGACGGGCAAGCAGCGUCACAAGCAGUGUUACGGGUCCAAGAAGCUCGCCUUCUAUUUCAGCCUUUGCCAACACUGGAAACCAGCAGCCGUUCGGCAAACCAAUCAACGAAUACUUUGCCAAACGCCGCGAGUCCGCACAGCGGAUACCCCUAGGUGCAAUGGACCCGAAUUGUUUCUCUGUUGACAAACAAGAGGUCGCAGCCUUGACGCAGAAUGGGCUGACACCCCCAAGGCCACAGAAGAAGGCAAAGCUCUAUUUUGAUGAAAGUAAGGCACCCGUCCUGUCAUCCAAAGGCUUUGAGCGCAGCAAGUAUUUCCCGGUGACCUUUGCUGCCGUUGCUGCUUCCCCAUCCACAAAGAAGCCAACUCGGCUUACAGAUUCAAAUUUCAUGUCAGACGAUUCAGUCGAAGAAGCCAUGUUAAGUCUACCGGACAUCGUUGAUUGGGAUGUUCACAUGUCCAACAAAUCCGCAAAGUCGACAGUGUCAGUUUUUGAGGACGCACGACCGACGGACGAUUGUACUAUUGUUCCUGACAGCGACGGUGUUGAGGUCCCGGCCAGCCCAGCCGACUUUAAUAGCCAGCAAACGGAGGAUGUGGUCACAUCGCAAGAAGAUACCCCAAUCACUCGUGUAUCACUUGACCGGUUUUCGUACACCGGAGCGUUAAAAUUCGCGCACGGGCUACCAACUCCCGACACAAGCUUUAUAGAAAGCCACGAGAAACCAACAACGAAGCCGAGUAUCCUCACUCCGCCCUCGUCCAUCUCACAGCGACAGGCCAACCAACAUCAGACCAACGCGCCGAGAAUGAGCCUGGGCGAGCUUGUCGAGAACACAUCGGUAACCCGCUCAGAGCGGCCACGAAGCUCCACCAAACGAAUUCGACGGGGUAUGGAGGCUUCGAUACCUAUCAACCCAUCGUUUGUACCCCUUCCACCUGCCGAUCUGGACGAAGUCGCGGCGCUGAACCGUCCUCAAGGCAGCGAAGACCAAAUUGUCCCCGAUAGUGACGGAGAUGACGAUGACGACAAGGUCGCCGAACAGAGAGGUCAGCGGGCGCCGGGCGGUCGCUUGGACCUUUCCCGAUUUUUGUGUGCAUAG